AUGGAUUGUCGUCCUGUCUGCCGUGUACAGAACACAAUAUCACCUUUCAAUAGAGGCCGCAAGUCUCCAGCCUCCGCCGAUUCGAGUAAUGCCAUUCGGUGCUACAUUGAAAAUCGAGACCCCUCGGCCGACUGCCAGAUUCGGCCAAACGGUGGUGGAAUACCCCUCGGCCGAUUGCCAGAUUCGGCCAAACGGUGGUGGAAUGUCAACUGUUACACCCUCUUGACUGAAACGACUGCUCGCAUGCCUGACUAUUCCGAGUCAAGCACCUCGGGCUGUCAUGGCAUGCCUGAAAUGCCAUUUCAGCUCGUCUCCCUCGUGUCCGACUGUCGGUCCACAAAUCCCAUCCCCACUUGUGUCUUCUGCUCGUUCACUGUAACACAAUUCUUGCAAAAGGAUGUUCCUCCAGAAUGUUCACACUUUCUCCUACCCUCAGUAUCCGUCUUCACCUUAUUCCGCCCACUCCAUUGCAUUUUCGUGUCUCUUAAGGACAAUGGAAUUGCACAAAACGAGGUUCAGAGAGCCUGGACUUAUGCUUUCAACCGUUGA